AUGGACCUCCUUUCGAGCGUCCGCAAAUCCGGCUCCCGCGGCGGCGUCAACUUCAGCUGGGACGAGGUCGCCAACUCGUCGCACCGCGAGAACUACCUCGGUCACAGUCUCAAGGCCCCCGUCGGCCGCUGGCAAAAGGGCCGCGACCUCAACUGGUACGCCAAGGCGGACGACGCCGCCGGCGCGCGGGAGGGCGAGACAGAGCAGGAGCGGCAGGAGCGCGAGCGCAAGGAGGAGAUGCGCAAGAUCAAGGAGGCCGAGGAGGACGAGCUCGCGCGCGCGCUGGGGCUGCCGGUGCCACAGCGGGACACUUCGGGCGCGAAUGCCGUGGAGGUCAGCGGGGUCAGGGGCAUUGGAGCUGCCGCUGCGGCGGACGAGAAGCCUGCCGAAGAGGAAAAGGGCGGGCUUGUCGUUUCGGAGAAGAGGGAGCGGAGGGAUCGCGACGAGGAGAGGAGGAGGAGGAGACACAGGAGUCGCAGUCGCAGUCCGAGACGGGAGAGGCGGCGGGAUGGGGAGAGGAGACGGAGCCGCGAGAGGGAGCACGGCGGGGAAGAGAGGCGUAGGAGGGGCGAAGGACGGGAGCACGACCGCGCGCGUGGGGGUCGUGAUGAGGUGCGGGAGAGACGGCAUCAUCGCCGGCCGAGGAGUCGCAGUCACGAGCGUGAGCCGAGGGAGCAUCAUCGGCGGAGCAGGAGUCGCGAGGGACAUGGACCGCGGUCAAAGGAUCGUCGGCGUAGCCCGGAUGAGCGCCGUCGGUGA